AUGUCCGAAGACAGACUUGGAGAUUUAAGACUGGAUUUGGCACAAGCAGUUAAUCAAGUGUACAAGUUCAUGUCCAAGCUAGGGAAGCAACAUUGGGAAGAAGUCAAAUGGAUUCUAAGGUACUUGAAGGGUACAACUAUUCAUAGUAUCAUGUUCAACAUGGAGCAGAAUGUUUCAUCGAUUGUGGGAUAUGUGGAUUCUAACUAUGCAGUUGAUCUGGAUGAUAGGAAGUCUACAACAGAGUAUGUUUUUACUCUUGCAUGGAGGCCUAUAUGUUGGAAAUCGUCAAUUCAAUCCAUAAUAGUUAUGUCUACAAUUGAGGCGGAAUACAUGGUAGUAUAUGAAGCUCCCAAAUGUAUCAUUCUAGGACCAAACAUAUUGAUGCGAGGUUCCAAAAGAUCAGAGUUGGUAGCGUCCAUACAUAUAUUACUUCAAAAGGUUCAUAGUUCAGAGAAUGCAAUUGAUAUGUUGACCAAGUCAGUCACUAGUGAGAAGUUCAAAUACUGUUUGGAUUUGUUAUAUGUUUCUUAG